GAGACAGCGGGAAGAGGAGAGUGACGCUCAGGCAUUCAUCAGCCACAUCUCGCAGUGGGAGGGGAGGGGGACUGAAGCCUCGGAGCUCUCCGGUAACAGAGACAGUAGACGGCAUUGACUCACGCAGCACGUUGUUGGACUCUUCCAGACCUGCAGCUGAAAACCCGACGGGAGAACGAGUAUAGGAUAAAGACACAAUAAGAACUUUUAUCCUGUUUUUCUUUCCUUUCGAAGGGGAUAUUAUCUUUAAAAUCCUUUCUGGACACCAUCAUUUUAACUCUGAGCUCUAAACAAAGUAAGAAUGUGUUUUAGUUAUUCAUAAACACCAGAUGGCGGUGAUUUUAAAUGCUAUUUGAGAGAGUGUUGGGACGGGAGCAGGUGUUUUUCCCACUCCGUCGCUCAAUUACUCCAAAAAAACUGCAGAAGAUUUUUUUUUUGUUUGUCCUCAAUUUUGACAAAUUUAAUUCGCUCUAGCCGAGCCAUUUCAUCUCCUAUUCUUCUUAUUUUUCUUCCACCACCAAUCGCCUCCACUUGCUUAAAACCAGCCACCGAGGGGACAAGAGUACAGUCUUCCUGCGGGCGGUCAAAGGAAAUCAAAACAAUCUGCUGAAGGAUGCUACUUCAAUAGACAGUCCUAACAGCCGCUGUCAAUAUGUUCAGGCGAGGUUAUGGCGGGGUGGAGUUGCUGCUGGUGCUGUGGGGCCUGGAUCUCUCUAUGCCCUGCCCCCGCCACUGCAUCUGCUACACUUCACCUAGCACCGUUUCCUGUCAGGCUCACAACUUCCAUGAAGUGCCCGAGGGUAUCCCCGCUCAGAGUGAGCGUGUCUUCUUGCAGAACAACAAGAUCCAGCGGCUGCUCCGCGGCCACUUUUCGCCCACCACCACCAUGCUGUGGCUUUACUCAAACAACCUCUCCUACAUACAGCCAUCCACGUUUCACGGCUUUGACCGGCUGGAGGAGCUCGACCUGGGGGAUAACCGGCACCUGAAGGCCGUCGCCUCGGACACCUUUAUGGGUCUGGGUUGGCUACAUGCGCUGCAUCUGCACCAUUGUGGCCUCAUCAGUCUGCCUCCAGGGAUCUUUGCUGGUUUACAUAAUCUUCAGUAUCUCUACCUACAGGAUAACCAAUUAGAGUUCUUAGAGGAUGAUUUAUUCAUCGACCUCCUGAACCUAAGUCAUCUCUUCCUGCAUGGGAAUCGGCUUUGGAGUCUUCGCCAGAACACUUUCCGAGGAUUGGGCGUCUUGGACCGGCUCCUUCUGCACCAGAACCGAAUCCAGUGGGUUGAUCGGCAGGCUUUCCAUGACCUUCGGCGUCUCACCAUGCUCUACCUGUUCAAUAACUCCAUCACUGAGCUAUCCAGUGGCACCCUGAUGCAGCUGCCGGCCUUGGAGUACCUGCGUCUAAAUGACAAUCCCUGGGAAUGUGACUGCAAGGCGUUAUCCCUCUGGGACUGGCUGCGAAGGUUUAGGGGCUCCACAUCCACUCUGAUCUGCGUUUCACCGCCGGAGUUGGCAGGAAAGGAUAUGAAGAUGGUGAAGAAGGAAGAGCUACCCAGCUGCUUGUCGAACGAGGGUCACAGAAGAGGUAACUCUGGAGGGGAGAUGGAGCAUGGAGACUCUUUAAACCAUCUAAACCGCCACAGAAUCCAUCACAACCAUCAUCAGCGGCCGUACCUGCCGCAUGGGGACCAGUACAGCUUGCCUUCGCCCUCACCCCUGCCGCGUCCACCGAAGGGAAGCCGCAAAAACUGUACCCGCCGGGGCCGCAAGGGAAAAGGGGGGCUCAAUGAGGUACAGGUACUUCAGGAGGGGGAUGAGAAGGACUACUCUCCAGAUGGAGGUAAAUACGAUAUGUCUGCAUCCUCAAGAAGGAGAAACAAGUGCAUCCCCAGAACUUCUGUUGGUCCACCAAGUGGAGUCCAGAGAGCUAAUAACACUGGAUCCCAUGCAACAGCAUUUAUUCCCUGUUUGUCAUCAGCUCUGUUUCUGUCAAUCUAUUUUGUGAUCCUACGCUGAAACAGAACACAGACACUUACGUGCUAAGGAUGCAACCUUAUUAUUAAUUCUCCUAAAAAAACAUCCUAUCCUGGCUAUUUAAGGAGACAUGUGGACAACCAAGUGUGUUCUUGAUACUGUUUGGGAACAUUGUGAAGUAUUCCUGCGGUAAAAAUGCAGGGAUUCUUAUGUGUCAAAAGAUGGAAGUCAGGGAGCGCAACUCAGCCCACUGUUUUGAUGAUGUCAGCAUAGAAACAACAGGGAAACUUCUGUCUCUUUGGCAUCAGUCACUUCAUCAAAUUUAUGUGCUCAUGAAAACUGUACAGCCUCAUGAAAUAAUGAGCCAAUUAUUCAUUCAAAUUACAGUGAGAGCACACAGUAAGUAUCAAAACAGUUAACCCUCUUGACUCAGUAGUGCUCUCACACCACAUCCUUGAUCUGUCACUCACACUAGGACAAAGACAGUCAUUUAAAGCUGUCUCUUUGCUCACUCAACAGCACCUUACGAUCAAGAAACAAAGUACCGCAGACACUGGUGGCAGGAAAAUGAGUCAUUGUGAAGAGUUUCAACGGUAAUAGCUGUAAUUACUAUCAAUCCGCCAGUAAAUUGGCUCUGCACCCACGUCUCACAGCAGUUUUAAUGCACAUCUGUACACUUUGGCAUCUAAAUAAUACAGCUGAAAUUGUCACACAACAAUAUAACUGUCAGUUCAUCAAUGCAGUCCAGUUGAAAGCUAUCAUUUGUCCUCAACUUUGCAUACCAACCUAAAAGCCAGUCCAAGCCAACAAAUCAUUCUGAAAGCCAACUGGUCUCAUUCAGCAUCCUAGAGUGAGUGAAUAUUUCUGAGAAACUGUUGUGUAACUGUGGGUGUAAAGUGGAAAAGGAAAAUAAAUACUCUAAAGCUGUGUGGAUACGACAAAGCUAGAUAAAAAGAGUGCCUAAUGGGAGCCAGUUAUCCUACGAACAACAUCUGGAGGCGAGAGACAAUUUCAUUCACUCUCCAACUUCUCUUGGUUGAGCACCUCUCUGCAGGCUAAGAAAAACCAGGGGAUUUAGUCUCAGUCAUAAAACUUCUGAUUCACUGAAAGUGAUGUGCGCUUCCCUCUGUAAUGCAAUGGAGGUCCGUGUAUCAUUCAAAAGCACCAUUCAGUCCAAACAGUCACAAGAAACAGAUUCUGUGUCAGAGGUUUGAUCAGCCUCUGAUGAGUAAAAAGUAAGGUCAGAGUGUGUGACAAAUGAACGAGCUUGCGGACUGCUCUUCUCUGAUUUGUUAACAAGGACUUGCUGAUCUUCAAGCCUGUUUGAAGAGUUGGAUUUUAUCGCUGCUAGAUCUGAAGAGAGAAAAUCCCUAUGACAUGUGGAGGCAAUGUGCUCUUCUCCAAGAAUUACCCAUGAAAAAAAGAACAGUGGGAUACAGCAUACCCUUUGAUAACAGUGCAUUUCAACAGUGGUCUUACCCCAGAAAAUAAAAAAAGACCAACCACCUUCACAGCUCACCGCAAACUUCAAACCCGGGACUCUGAUUUGGUUUUUCUCUAGACAUCCUGUUUUUCUGUGCAGCUUACCUAAUGUCUCCACCACUCAAUUGAAAUGGUGGAAACUGAUAAAACAAAUCAUUUCAUAAUUUUCUACAGCAAAACAAAGCAUUUUUGUCUUUUUUUUUACUAGCUGCUCCUCAUAAGUAGAGAUGCACCAAGAAAUUGACACGUGACAGGAAGUGGACAAUUUUCAGCUUGGAUACCCCCAGUAGGCUACCAGCCAUUUGGAAACUCAAAUCUGAUGAUCGCUCUGGUUGCACUCCAAAGAUCACUCAAAAGUUAGCUAUUUUCAGGAUCAAGUUUAAAAAUAAGACACGAACAAAAAAUAAGAGGAAGCACAAAGAUCGAAGAAGCAACACUUUUUCUUUAAACACGUCUGUAAUUAUUUCUUUUGAAAGAGGGAGAGCUUGAUUUUCAGCUGAUAACAAAGUCUGAACAGAGUCCAGAAAAAUUGCUUCAUUUCAUCCUUUUGAAUAUUCUACCCUGGUCUGUGAUCUUGGCUGCCUUUUGGAAAUCUCAGUUAAAGGGACAGUUUGGAUUGCUUAAAUUAUCAGUAACAGCUGUCUUUCCUGUUGUAGACAGAUGUCAUAUCACCCAAGGUGAAUAAAUUCGAAAAGUGAGUCAAAUUCACCAUUUGUUGUAAUUUAUUUUCUGAGGUUAAAAACAAUUCAAACAAGAAAUGAGCGAGAGAAACCUAUCAGCAACUAUAUUUUCACAUUACACUGUUGUUGAUGAUAGUGAACUGGAAAGAAGUACUUUCUCAUUGACCCCUUGGUUUAUGUUGCCCAGCAGUCAAUAGGUAAGAGGUGGAGUCCAUUGACUACUGGAGUAGAAACCCCUCAAGUGAGCCAGAGGUAGUAAGUGGGUAUUGAAGAUGUAUAGACUGCAACCCAUUAUCAGUGCAUCUUCACUGGUUUGUGCUCUAUGCAUAAAGGAGAAGCUGAAAAGGAAGAACAUUACUGCAGUGUUUCUAUCCUUUUGUUCCUGAGAGAUAAUUCAUCCACAUCAGGAAAACAGCAAGUCUCUUUUCACUGUACAUCUGUAGAAAAUAAAAUCUUGCUUUUAAAGAUACCUUUGUGCUCAUGAUCUGAGUACCAUUAAAGAAACAUGAGCUGACAGUAGCAUUGACUAAAUUUUGGUCUAAUAUAAAUUAGUGAUCCAUUCAUGGUGUAUCAUAAACAUGUGGAGUUGCUGUCCACUUUUCUACUGACUCCCUUUGACACCGGUGUGCUAUGCAGGGAAUAACUAUCUCUGUAAGGUAGUCCACCUUCUCUUACACGGAGAUUUUAGUUUUUUCAGGGUAGUCAUACUAAUUGGUAAUAUCAGAUGCUAAACACAGUUUAAAAUGUGAACUCCAUUAUUAUUUUGUUACUUUGGCCCUGAAGUGCAAACCACUUCAGCAAAUCUCUACACACAACUACAAAUUGAAAAACACAACAACCUAUGCAAAAAAACAUGACAUUAACUAAGCACAAUUACAAAUUAAGAAAACACAACAACAUUAACAAAAGAGAAGAUUAAAGUCUCAGUGGGAAAACUAAGACAUUCCUGAUUGGUUGAUAUCACUUUUAACUUUAGAACUGGGAAUUAUUCUAGCAUUCACUCUCUUGGUUUAGAUUAGCAGACAGAGAGGCACAGUGCUAUGUAUUGCCCAAAAUGCGAAAUUCCCUUCCCUCCCCCAAAGCUUCGUAGUUUGUCCCGACUCAAAAUAUUCUUGGAUAGCAGCAGCUAUGUAGACAUGAAAACAAGUUUCCUGAGUAUUCAUGUCUAUGGGUAGCUAUGUUCUUCUUCUUUUUUUUUAUAAUGGCGGAUCACAAACGCCUUCAAGGUGGAUACUGCCACCUACUGUAAAUGAGUGUGUAGCAGCAUUAUCAAACAUCCAUUAAAUUCAGUUUUUUCUGGUAUUUUGUAUCAUGACGAUAAAUCUGUAAUGUUUUCGGUAGCUAUAUUUGCGUCAUUGGUAACAUUCAUAUUUUCAACAAAUGUGCUAAAAGCAGAAUAAUUUCCGGUUCUAAAGUCAAAAGAGGAAUCGCCCAAUCAGAGAUGUCUUAGGUUUCCCACUGCAUAUCACAGGACCUAUUUCUUCUGUUUUGUUAAUGUUGUUAUAUAUUUUUUAAUUUGUAGUUGUAUUUUUCAAUUUGUGUCCUCUGGAGAAAGGUGCCAGCGCUCCUCCUGACCCCAUAAAGGAAUAAGCAUCAGAUAAGCCUCAAAAUUCUGACUGGUGCAUCUCUACAAACAAUAAUUAAGCAAAAAAUAAAACAAUUAUGACAGGUAAUUUAAAAAAAAAAGCACAAAAAUUGUGAUCCGGUUUACAGACUACCCCAAAACAAACAGGUUCGUAUUGGACUCCGGAGGCAGGGGCCAUAUUUGUACCCCUGCUUGUGUGUGUUUCCCGCUGAGCCCCACCUUUUCGUGUCUAUCUAUCUCGAUGUCGGGAACAUUGGGCAGCCUGUCACUAUUGUGUCACUGUCCUGGCAAAUAGGAUUAUAAGUCCCUAUACCAGUGAACUUUGUUUGUGCUGCUGUAAACCAAGAGGUGAUGUAAAUUGUGUCCGUUUAUUCCUGUGAGAAUGACUUUUGUAAUAAAACAAAAAUGAGAAAAAAAGAGAGAAGUGGAGAAGUGAGACUCUGUUGUGUCUCACUUGUUCCCAUGAAAAAUGUACAGGGAGCUGAAGGCUGGAACUUUGUUAUUUUUUUAAUAUUCUUAUAAUUGUUUUUUUUUCUUUUUUGGGGGGAGGGGGAAAGGGGCUUUCAGUCUUUUUGAUUUGCUGAAUAACUCAAGAUAAACAGCACACUGCAGUGUCCUAUGUGCUUCUCCUCCUUAUUUUUUUCCUUACUUUCUAUUCGUCAUCCUCUUUCUCCAUCUUUCCUCCUCGUUUCUCUUUCCCUCCUCAUCUUCCUGUGCCGCCAUUCUCUCUUUUCAAUAAGCACACACAGACACACACACACGCAUAUCUGUGUAUUAUUUUUCGCUCUUCCUUUGUGGAGCCCAAAUGUUUUCUAUGUGGUAAUCAAACAAUGCCAGACUGAAGCUGUUUAUAAAUAACAUUAAACAGAUAGUGUCCUCAAACGGC